AUGGCUGAAAUGGUGAGCCCAGAUGCGAUAUCGACCAUAUUGGCGAACCCAUCUCCCGAUUGCUCUUCAGGUUUGCCGGAAUUAGUUGUACAAGUACUGGAUCUCAAGCCUACAGGAAGCAAAUUCACAUUUACAGCGAGUGAUGGGAAAAUGAAGGUCAAGGCCAUGUUUCAAUCUACUUUGUCGUCUUUAAUCACCUCUGGGAGUGUUCAGAACUUGGGUCUUAUUCGGAUUCUUGAUUACACUCUAAAUGACAUCCCGACGAAGAACGAGAAGUACUUAUUUGUAACAAAAUUUGAGACCGUAUCUCCGGCACUCGACUCUGAGUAUAAGGCCGAGGCAGAAACUAAGGAUAGUGGCUUCGAAAUGAAGCCAAAACAGGAAAUGGAUGUUGAUGGAGAAGUAAAAAAUGAAGUUAAUGGCAUUGUUUUGCAGCCAAAGCAAGAAAUUGUGAGCAAAUCAGCUGCUCAAAUAAUUCAUGAGCAACAUGGAAAUAUGGCACCAUCUGCUCGUAUGGCAAUAACCCGAAGAAUUCAUCCGCUUGUUUCCUUGAAUCCAUAUCAAGGAAUUUGGACGAUUAAGGUUCGUGUAACUGGGAAAGGAAAUAUGCGGUUAUAUAGGAAUGCCAGAGGAGAAGGGUGUGUGUUCAAUGUAGAAUUGACUGAUGAAGAUGGCACACAAAUACAAGCAACAAUGUUUAAUGAGGCUGCAAAGAAGUUUUACGAUAAAUUUCAGUUGGGGAAGGUCUAUUACAUAUCAAAGGGAACUCUGAAAGUUGCUAACAAGCAAUUUAAAACUGUGCAAAAUGAUUACGAAAUGACGUUAAAUGAAUAUUCUGAAGUCGAGGAAGCUAGUAGUGAGGCUACUUUUAUCCCCGAAACAAAAUUCAGUUUCGUCCCGAUUGAUGAAUUAGGUCCAUAUGUUAAUGGGAGAGAUCUUGUUGAUGUUGUUGGUGUUGUUCGAGAAGUAUCUCCAACUAUGAGUAUUCGACGGAAAAGCAAUAAUGAGACAAUUCCCAAGCGUGAUAUAACUAUCGCUGAUGAGACGAAGAAGACUGUCGUUGUGUCUCUAUGGAAUGAUCUUGCCACGAGUGUAGGACAAGAACUGCUAGACAUGGCUGAUAAAUGUCCAGUAGUUGCAAUUAAAUCACUCAAAGUUGGAGAUUUUCAGGGUUUGUCGCUGUCAACACUGAGCAAAAGUGUUGUGGUAAUCAAUCCAGACUUACCAGAAGCCAAAAAGUUGAGAUCUUGGUAUGAUUCUGAAGGCAAAGAAUCUUCUUUGGCAUCUGUUGGUUCUGGCUUAAACCCUUCGACUAAAAGUGGAUCUCAAUCUAUGUACUCCAAUAGGGUCUUGUUAUCUCAUAUCACCGGUGACCCAUUGUUGGGCGAGGACAAGCCUGCAUAUUUCAAUGUUAAAGCGUACAUAAGUUACAUCAAACCCGACCAAACCAUGUGGUAUCGUGCUUGCAAGACUUGUAACAAGAAAGUCACGGAUGCUAUUGGUUCCGGAUAUUGGUGUGAAGGGUGCCAGAAGAACGACGAAGAAUGCAUCUUGAGAUAUAUAAUGACUGUAAAAGUUUCUGAUGCAAGUGGUGAAGCCUAUUUUUCUGUUUUCAACGAACAAGCAGAGAAAAUAAUCGGAUGCUCUGCAGAUGAACUUAACGAGCUAAAAUCCCAGGAUGGAGAAAGUUCUUAUCAAUUGAAACUGAAGGAAGCUACCUGGAUUCCACACCUUUUUCGAGUUAGUGUUACUUUACAAGAAUACAACAAUGAGAAAAGGCAGAGGAUAACUAUCAGAGCUGUUGCUCCUGUGGAUUAUGCAACUGAAUCGUCAUUUUUGCUUGAAAAAAUAUUGAAGAUGAAAAUCUCUAAAAUACAGUAA